GUCAAACAAGCGUCAAGGCCCUACUUGCAUUCUUGGCUCCCUCCUACUUCGACCCUUCUUAAGCCGGUAAAAUCUACUUUAUUAUUUAUAAAAGCUAUAUUAUACCUAACAUUCUUACAAUACCACUCUUAAAGUAGCUUGUACAACAACCACAUACAACCACGUCUACAAGCGGCAACCUAUCAUUUUAUAUCUCACUCCCUCAACUCAGCCUGAUGCUACAAAGAGAGCGAGAGAGAAAUAAUUAAAAUACGAGAGUGUAUAUUAUUAUCCAUGAUUUCAAAUCAUUUGACUUAGUCCAAGAAUCAAACUUGUCCCGCUGUCCGCUCGAUAGAGUGACUUGCCACAAAACCUCUAGAAAUAUAUAUCUAACCUAGCCUUUCUGAACGGAACCCCGUCGUCGACUCUACCGAGCUUCAACUUCUUUAAUACCCGACCUAGCAAAUCGACAUCUACCUUGCUAUCUUGGAGGAUAGCACCGUUGUAGGGCCAUCGUAGGAAACUAUAUAUCUCUAGGAUACUAUAUCAGCAAUCAUGGGUCGCCCAAGACUUAUUAUAUUAAUCAGACAUGCCCAGUCUGAGGGCAACAAAAACCGCGAGAUCCACCAGACCAUCCCCGAUCAUAGAGUCAAGUUGACCCAAGACGGAUGGCAGCAAGCCCGCGACGCCGGUCGUCGAUUACGAGCCCUACUCCGUCCAGACGACACCCUCCAAUUCUAUACCUCUCCGUACCGACGGACGAGAGAAACGACCGAGGGUAUUUUAGAAACCCUAACGUCAGACGAUCCCGACCCAUCGCCUUUUAAGAGAAGCAAUAUGAAGGUAUACGAGGAGCCACGGUUGCGUGAGCAGGACUUUGGAAACUUUCAGCCGUGUAGUGCCGAGAUGGAACGCAUGUGGCAAGAACGUGCCGAUUACGGCCAUUUCUUCUACCGUAUUCCUAACGGCGAGAGCGCUGCCGAUGCUUAUGAUCGUGUCUCAGGUUUCAACGAGAGCUUGUGGCGUCAGUUCGGAGAGGACGACUUCGCCAGCGUCUGCGUUCUAGUCACCCACGGUCUCAUGUCUCGCGUUUUUUUGAUGAAGUGGUAUCAUUUCUCCGUCGAGUAUUUUGAAGACCUGCGCAACGUGAACCACUGCGAGUUUCUCAUCAUGAAGAAACAGAUAGACAGCGGCAAAUAUGACCUCGAGAACAAACUCCGGACGUGGUCUGAACUACGACGCGAACGAGCUGCCAUCAAGGCCAAGGAGGAUAAAGAAUUAGCUGAUACCGGGAAGGAGAAGGAACCUAGCAAGGCUGAGAAACAUAACCACACCCCUGCUCUGCCACGCAAGUGGGGUGGUUGUCCUCAAGGCUGUAAUCACGGCAAGACUUUUAAGAUACGCGGUGAUUUGGCUGAGCUACGGCAACACGACGAAAACAGUGCUAAGCAUGCUCUCACUCAUACUGUUCCAGAGGUUAAUGGCACUAUAGCCAGCCGAAGAAGCCCAGCUAAGAGAAUUCAAGGCCCAAACAAUUCCGAUGAUGACUCGGAUGAUCCUCGCAGUAGAGCCCUUCCGCAUAUCGACGUUACUAAGGCUCAAGAAGAGGUUGUUUCCUCGCCAGACGGAACGCCGUCAUUCAUAACGAUAGAUGAUCGGCUGCGCAACGCGCUCAAAACUCCUCAGAAGUCGACAUUCCUCCACCUCGGUCGCGACUUCGGAGGUACUUACUCAGGACAUGCUAGCGAAGAAGAAGUUUCAGAGAACGACGCUCGCGAACGUCUCGCCGCCAAGGCCGCGCGUGUUAAGAACGGGGAGAGGAAUGGGCUAAUAACUCAUGGCAGAGAGCCCUCAACUACCCGUCACGCGCACGCAAAUAGGCUUGGCGAUGCGCCUAACAACUCCGACCAAGGAUCGGACGGCGGCGACGAGGCCGAGGACCUAGAUAAGGCUGAGCAAGAGGAUAGGAGUAUUCGAGGAAGCGUAUACUAGGCUUUGAAGGAGGCUUUGAUCGGUUUCAUAGUAUGUGUUACUCAUUUUCAUAUUGGUGAUACCCUUUAUGACUAGCGCAUAUAUCGAAUAGAAUGGCCCAAUGAAGCGUCUACAAUAUAAUGUCUUUGUUCUUUAUGGGCCCCUAUUAUCUUGAAAUAAAUGUGCC